CAAAGAAAGGGAGCCAGGAAUCCUUGCAGUCCAGAAGUUGUGUGGGCGAGGGGAGGUCGUGCAGUUGCUGCCUCCCUUUAUCCACUUUUUCCCUUUUAAUGUCCUGUCCCCCUCCUUGCAUCCUGCAGUGAGUCCCCUGUCUCUCACUAUGGCCAUCUUAAAACCAGGCUCCUCUCCUCUAUGUGCCUGGGCUCUUCUUGCAGCAGCAGGGUUACUGCUUUUAAUGCCCCAGCAGACCAGCUCCUGCCCCAGCCGCUGCCUGUGUUUCCGAACCACUGUGAGAUGUAUGCAUCUAAUGCUGGAGAAUAUCCCCACUGUAUCGCCGCAGACAACUAUCUUAGAUCUGCGAUUUAACAGAAUUAAGGACAUUCAACCUGGAGCAUUUCGAAACCUAAAGAACCUUAACACUCUGCUCCUUAACAACAAUCAAAUUAAAAGGAUACCAAGUGGAGCUUUUGAAGACCUAGAGAAUCUAAAAUACCUCUAUUUGUACAAGAAUGAAAUCCAUUCCAUUGACAGGCAAGCAUUUAGAGGACUUGCCUCCCUAGAACAACUGUACCUUCACUUUAACAGUAUUGAAACAUUGGAACCAGAAUCAUUUAAUAAUCUCCCAAAACUUGAAAGACUAUUUCUUCACAACAAUAGAAUCACACACUUGGUACAUGGCUCAUUUAGUCAGCUGGAAUCUAUGAGAAGACUGCGACUGGAUUCAAACGCUUUGCACUGUGACUGUGAAAUCCUUUGGUUGGCAGACUUGUUGAAAAUCUAUUCGGAAUCUGGUAACGCCCAAGCAGCUGCCACUUGUGAGUAUCCACGCAGACUCCAAGGAAGAUCCCUUUCAACUAUCACCCCAGCUGAGUUGAACUGUGAGAGGCCAAGAAUUACCUCAGAACCACAAGAUGUGGAUGUUACCUUUGGGAACACUGUGUACUUUACUUGCAGAGCUGAAGGCAAUCCCAAACCAGAAAUCAUCUGGCUUCGAAACAAAAAUGAGCUAAGCAUGAAAGAUGAUUCAAGACUGAAUCUCUUGGAAGAUGGUACAUUGAUGAUUCAAAACACUCAAGAGACCGAUCAGGGAAUCUAUCAGUGCAUGGCAAAAAAUGUUGCUGGGGAAGUUAAAACUCAUGAAGUGACAUUAAGAUACUAUGGAACACCAGCUAGACCCAGUUUUGUAAUUCAACCUCAAAACACAGAAGUACUGUUGGGUGAAAGUGUCACUUUGGAAUGUAGCGCUGCUGGCCAACCACAACCACGAAUCACAUGGACACGCGGUGACCGUACUCCUUUACCAAAUGAUUCUCGCAUCAACAUUACCCCAUCUGGGGGGCUUUACAUUCAGGAUGUCACCCAGGAAGAUAGUGGAGAAUACACUUGUUUUGCAACCAACUCAGUUGACACGAUCCAUUCAACUGGCUACAUUAUAGUACAAGCCAUUCCACAGUUUACCGUUGUUCCCCAAGACCGCAACGUUUUUGAAGGACACACUGUGGAUUUCCACUGUGAAGCUCAAGGUUAUCCACAGCCAGUAAUUGCCUGGACUAAAGGAGGGAACCAGCUGUCUGUUGAUAGAAGACACCAGGUUUUGUCAUCAGGAACACUACGAAUCACCCGUGUUGCUCUUCAUGAUCAAGGCCAAUAUGAAUGCCAAGCGGUAAACAUUGUAGGUUCAAAAAGUACUUCUGCCCACCUUACAGUUCAGGCAAGAGUCACCCCUGUGUUCGCCACUGUCCCCAAUGAUAUGACAGCUGAAGUGGGUACAAAUGUCCAGAUUCCCUGCAGCUCUCAGGGGGACCCUCUUCCCGUGAUAACAUGGAAUAAGGAUGGAAUUCAAGUGACUGAAAGUGGAAAGUUUCACAUCAGUCCACAAGGAUUUUUAGCUAUUCAUGAUGUUGGGCCAGCAGACCAAGGACGAUAUGAAUGCAUUGCUCGGAAUUCUAUAGGCUACUCUGCAGCCAGCAUGGUGCUAAGUGUUUUGGUUCCUGAAGUCAGCCGCACUGGAGACCCAUUUGUUGCAACUUCAAUCAUUGAAGCAAUUGCAACCGUCGACAGAGCUAUAAACUCCACAAGAACACAUUUGUUUGACGGCAAUAGGCCACGCUCUCCGAAUGAUUUGCUAGCCCUUUUUAGAUAUCCAAGAGACCCUUACACAGUGGAACAGGCCAGGGCAGGAGAAAUAUUUGAAAGGACUCUUCAGCUGAUUCAAGAACAUGUACAGAAUGGCCUGAUGGUUGACCUUAAUGGAACAAGUUAUCACUACAAUGAUCUUGUAUCUCCACAGUAUCUCAAUGUGAUCGCUAAUCUUUCAGGAUGUACAGCACAUAGGCGAAUUAAUAAUUGUUCAAACAUGUGCUUCCACCAGAAAUAUAGAACACAUGAUGGUACUUGCAAUAACUUACAGCAUCCAAUGUGGGGAGCUUCUUUAACAGCCUUUGAACGUUUGUUGAAAUCUGUAUAUGAGAAUGGAUUUAACUUACCAAGGGGCAUUAACACUGAUAGACCUUAUAAUGGAUUUCCACUUCCUUUGCCUCGCUUAGUUUCUACUAAUUUAAUAGGAACUCACACAGUAACCCCGGAUGAGCAAUAUACUCAUAUGUUAAUGCAGUGGGGCCAAUUUCUUGAUCAUGACCUUGACUCUACUGUAGUAGCUCUUAGUCAAGCUCGGUUUUCUGAUGGGCAGUAUUGCAGCUCUGUCUGCACAAAUGACGCUCCAUGUUUUCCAGUUGUGGUUCCACCAAAUGAUCCACGUAUACGAAAUAAUGCACGCUGUAUGUUUUUUGUACGCUCUAGUCCUGUUUGUGGAAGUGGAAUGACAUCACUGUUAAUGAACUCUGUAUAUCCUCGAGAACAAAUGAAUCAGUUGACCUCUUACAUUGAUGCCUCUAAUGUGUAUGGAAGUUCGGAUCAUGAAUCACAGGAAAUCAGAGACUCUGCAAGCCACAGAGGACUUCUAAAACAAGGCAUUGUUCAAAGAUCUGGAAAGCCAUUACUACCUUUUGCACCUGGACCUCCAACUGAAUGUAUGAGAGAUGAAAAUGAAAGUCCCAUUCCAUGCUUUUUAGCUGGAGAUUUCCGUGCUAAUGAGCAACUAGGGUUGACAAGCAUGCAUACUCUAUGGUUCAGAGAACACAACAGAAUUGCUACAGAAUUGUUAAGACUAAACCCACAUUGGGAUGGAGAAACCAUCUAUCAUGAAACUAGGAAGAUUGUGGGAGCAGAGAUGCAACACAUAACAUAUAGUCAUUGGUUACCAAAGAUUUUAGGAGAUGUUGGCAUGAAAAUGCUUGGGGAAUACAAAGGAUAUGAUCCAAACAUAAAUGCCGGAAUUCUUAAUGAAUUUGCAACGGCUGCAUUUAGAUUUGGACAUACACUUAUCAAUCCUAUUCUCUACCGACUGGAUGAAAACUUUGAACCUAUUCCACAAGGUCAUUUACCUCUCCAUAAAGCAUUCUUUUCGCCAUUUCGAAUUGUAAACGAAGGUGGAAUUGAUCCUCUUCUCAGAGGACUUAUUGGGAUUGCAGGAAAGAUGCGUGUCCCGUCACAAUUGUUGAACACUGAACUAACCGAAAAGCUUUUCUCAAUGGCUCAUACUGUAGCACUUGAUCUGGCAGCAAUUAAUAUUCAGAGAGGUCGGGACCAUGGAAUACCUCCCUACCAUGAUUUUAGAGUCUACUGCAAUCUGUCAUCUGUAAACAACUUUGAGGAUCUGAAAAAUGAAAUUGGAAAUCCUGAUAUUAGAGAGAAACUUAAAAGAUUAUAUGGCUCACCUCUGAAUAUAGAUUUAUUCCCUGCUCUCAUGGUGGAAGACAUUAUUCCAGGCAGUAGGCUGGGACCAACACUUAUGUGUCUUCUUAGUACACAAUUUAGGAAUAUAAGGAAUGGAGACAGGUUGUGGCAUGAGAAUCCUGGUGUAUUCACCCCAGCUCAGCUCACGCAGAUCAAACAGACAUCUCUGGCAAGAAUACUCUGUGACAAUGGGGACAACAUAACCAAAGUUCAACCAGAUGUCUUCAGAGUGGCAGAGUUCCCACAUGGCUAUGUUAGCUGCAAACACAUUCCAAAACUCGACCUGAGGAUGUGGCAGGAUUGCUGUGAAGAUUGUAGAACAAGAGGGCAGUUUAGUGUCCUCUCAAAUCAAUUCAGAGGAAAGCGUUCUGUAGAACAUAGCUACAAGGAGGAAAAGCCAUCUGAUACCAUAGCUAGCUCAUCCAACAUUGUGAAUACUACUAUUACUACUGAAACCACAAAGAAUGUUCCAGUGGUUAGUGACUUUAAGGAAUUUGUUCUCGAUAUGCAAAAGACAAUCACUAGUCUUAGAAAACAGAUCAAAAAGCUUGAAUCUCGCUUGAGCAGCACUGAUUGCACUGAUGAAACUGGAAAAUCAUACUCUACAAAUGAAAAGUGGAACAAAGAUUCUUGUACAAAAUGUGAAUGCAAUGAUGGUCGCAUGACAUGUUAUGUGGAAUCGUGUCCCCCAGUUGAAUGCUUGGCGCCAGAGAAAAAGGAAGGAGUGUGUUGUCCAAUCUGCAAACAUGAUAAAACCCAGAACUCAUAACACUGAAUUAUACUUACGGAUAUUGACAGCUGCAGUAACAAAAAACAGAGUUUAAAACUGAAAUGAUAAACUCUGCAUCCUAAAUCCAAAUCAGGCACCAUCCUAGUUUUAUUUAGUUAAACAUAAACACAACGCAGUCUCUUGGAAAGGGAAACAUAUAAAACAGUGACAGGAUAUUGAAUUUCGUGUCAGCCAUAUUUUUUUGGUGUAUAUAUGUCUCAGGUUAGAAGAAAAAAAAACUGGUGCUAAUACUCAUGUUGUAUUAUUCUGUUAAUGAAAAAUCAGUACAAGCAAAUAUAAUUUUUUGUAUAUUAUCAAUUUGGACUUCCUGGCCUGUAUAAUGGUCUUAAGCGUCACUUUUUGUUUUCUAUAUUGAAGUAAUCGUGUAUAUAAAACAUGUACCUUUAUAUUAGUAAGGACAUACAGCACAACUCAUCAUUCUGCCUCUUGAGUAUGACCAUCGCGUAAGCCCAGAUUUUACAAGAAUGUCUUCGUUUUAUAUAUUUCUACUUUCUGUUUUGUAUUGAAAAACAUCUUAAAAAUUGUAUCAAUUACCAAAACAAUCUUGUUACUGUCCCAAGCACAGUACUUGCACAGGAAGCAUCAUAGCUCAACUUCUUUCUUAUAUUAUUUUUAAUUUUUUUUUAUUUACAAGAUCAAAUUUCUUUACAAAGUGCAUCUUAGUUCAAAUCUAAUCUAUAACACAACACUACGCUUUCCAUAAUACAUAUUUCUUAUUAAAGCUGACAUGCAUUUAUUUGAUAAUAUUGGUGAUUGAUAUUUUUAUGUGUUUUUUUUUUUAUUAGCUUGCAAUAACCCGGAUAUUCAGGUUCCUUAGUUAUUACCGGUGCAAGCAUUGCGUUUAAAAUGUAGUGAAGGACAACAGUCAUACCUCAUUAAACAUUAAUCUUAUGGUGCUCCUUGUAGACAGCGUGUACAGAGUAACCGUUCAAACGAACUCGUUUUGCAGGUUCUUUUUGUCAUUUCUGUAAUCUGCAUGUUAGAGGUAUUACAUUGAUGCACUGUUUGGUAUGAACGUAUGUAUCCUCAGUAUGUCGUAAUUGGAAUGCAUUUUAAUUGUUUCCAGAUUUGUAUGCAGGCUGCCCAAGCCAAGCUAGCAUAUGUGCUGCAGAGAGCUGAAUAUUUUACAUAACACUUGAUGUAUGAUAUUUACAUUCAGCUGUGAUGUAGACAGGACUCAAUAGCAUAUGUUCAGGUAUUUAGAUUACAGCAACAUGCCCUUAUACAAUGUUGCCUUGAAUGGUUGUUCAGCUCCAGUUCUAAAGGGUCAUUGCCAGUUCAGAGUUUAAAAUAAGGGAGUCCAACCUAUUCAAACAAUGAGUUGUAUUUGAUUUUUAGAUGGACAGAUAGCUAAUAGUAUUAGUAAACAAAACUGUAAAACCCCACCAAAUAAUACAGAAUAACAGAAAAGUGCAUUGUGAUUAUUUGUAAACAAUCCUCAAUGAGCAAUGCUUGAGGCACAUAUUUGACACUGGUUUUACUUACAUAGGGGACAAUACCUGUCUUGCAACAUGUACUUGUGCUAUUGCACAGAUCCAGAUACCUGCACAUACGGCAUCUCACUUGGUUAUCAGUUUCCUGCAUCUCCAUCAGCAGACAGGUGAUGUUUUAUAACAUAUGUUGCUAAUAUAAUAUGAAAUUGAUUGGAGAAUUAACCCAGGCUCCAACGUAAUGAGUAUUCAUUGGGAAGUAACAUAAAAUGCUGCAUUAUACAAUUUAGACAAUGAGUUGGCCUCCACUUGUUUGAAGGGACAUUCUAGAUCCUAUGGUAUUAAGCAGCUUUUUAAAGAUGAGUAUUUUAAGUAUAAGUAACUUACCCUGGUGAAAAGGGUGUCCUUCCUUCUGAGAGGGCUGAUGCUGUGUUUAAUGCUUCCCAUUAACCUCUGAAUGGUUGUUCCUGUUUAUUACUUUAGUAUCGGCCCUGGAUUGGCUACAGCACAUAAUUCAUGGGAGUGUGCAUUUAGCUUUUUUUUUGAAGGAAAGGAACAUUGAUGUUCAAAGAGACAGAUCUUGAUAAAUGUGCCCCAUUAUCUGUGUCCUUUUAUAUACAAUUCUCUGUCCUGAAUACACCUACAUGUGAAGAGGAAUAUUCUUUCCUACCAAUAAAAAUGUGGGAAGCAAGUGAGCAUUAUCAGGUAGUAUACAACUAAUUUUACUGUAUUAGUUGGCAUUUAAAGGGACAUGAAACCCCAAAUUUUUAUAUCAUGAUUCAGAUAGAGAAUACAAUUUUUAAAAAAGUUUCCAAUUUACUUCUAUUAUCAAAUUGGCUUUGUUCUCUUGUUAAUCUUUAUUGAAGAGAUAUCUAGAUUAGUAAGCGUGCAAAUGUCUAGAGCACUACAUAACAGGAAUUAGUGCUCUUGCUAAUGUAUAACAUUGUGGCAAAACUGCUGCCAUAUAGGGCUGUAGACAUGUGCACUCUCCUGAGCUUACUUUCUAGCUUUCAACAAAUGAUAACAAGAAAACGAAGAAAAGUUGAUAAUAGAAGUAAAUUGGAAAGUUGUUUUAAAUUGUAUGCUCUAUCUGAAUCAUGAAAUAAAAAUAAUUGGGUUUUAUGUCCCUUUAAAUAUCUUUCACUUAAUGUUUUUCAACAUAAUACUCCUAUGCAUGAUAAUGAAUACAAUGUCCCUUUAAAAAAUUCUCUGCAGGAAAUAUACCUCAUUUUGUGGAUUUGAUUUCCUAAUUGCUUACAGAGCAAAUCCUUAACACAUGGCCUUUUGUCCUGGGGUUGGACAAUCCUGAUGUAAAGUAUACACAAUUAAUAUGCUAAUUGGAUACUCCAUGCUUUUACUUAUUGUUCACUUCUAAUUCCUAUGGGUUUAUUGCCACUGACAAUGUUUUAAUAUUACAGUCCCUUACACAUAAUUCCUUUCCAUUAGCUACAUAUAGAUUAUAUGUACAUGCAGUUAGUAGUUUUUUGGAAUAUUUUAGCCAAUGUCUUCACUGUCAGAGAGUUGUGUCGCAAAAAUAUUUGUUCAAAAACAGGUAUUUUCUUUUUUAGCUAUUUUUUACACCAUACAGUUGUCUUCUUUCUCUACUUUGUGCUUGAAAUUCUACAGUUUUGCAAACUGUCCAUAUUUAUUAUCAGAUCUUAAUGUUUCAAAAAUGAGUGCCUUUGUCUUUUUUUUUACUGUAAACAGGUAUUUUACCAAAGAAAAGUUUGCACUGUGUAAUGAAUGCUUUUUAAAUAAACAGAACAUAUUUCAAA